CCUCAAGGACAUAUUGGAAUGAUCAAGCGAUUAGCUAAUGUCAAUGCACUCAGCAAAUUGCAUUCGUAUCCAGAUACGGGCACGAGCCAUUUGCUAUGGCAAGCAGAGUACCGCACGCGAACGAAAUGUCUCCAACGGUACAAACGGAAGCGGACAUCGAGUUGGCAGUAGCGGUCAAAGUAGCUGAAGUAGAAGCGGACGAUCGUAAGGAAGAUCGCAAGCUGCCGGGUAUCUGCCAGCUGUCGCACGGCCCCGGUAAUAAUGUUACGAUAGUUAUCGACGCGGAAUGUCCCAAUGUUGCCAACGAUUGUCGAACGGGGAACAACAGUAGCAACAGCAGCAGCGGCAACCGCAACAACAACAGUGCUAGUAUGAAAUGUCUCAACUUUUCCACAUCGUCCCCAUCUGUCAAGGGUUGCAUUUUGCCGACGAACGCCGUAACGGGAACGCACGGGACGCAGGACUCCACAUUAGAUAGUGCAAAGUGUAAUCAAUUCGUAAAUCAUAGCUUUAGCUGCAGGGAGCUGAUGGGUACCAGCGGUUCCGUGGUGGUCGUCAGCGAAGGUGCUGCACCGCACCCGGAGCGGAUGGAAUUGGCCCGCGGAUUUGCGGAUGUGGUCCGUGUGUCAACGAGCGUCCCGCAGCCCGUAACUAUCCGGUGUUCCGAGCAGGGCACGGCGACAGGUACUAGCUUCCACUAUGCGACAGCAGCGGCCGUGGCGGCUGUAGCGAUGACCGCGGCAGCAGCAGCGGCUGCCGCCGUUUCCUCCAGCAGUAGACCAUCCAUCCAUUGUAGUUCCGCAUCCGGUGACGGUAUCCCUUUGCCACCACCAACACUACCCAUCGGUGAACCAAUGGCGCCCGCCAACAACCCUGUCGGUGAUCCCGUGCUUUACCAUCCCACGAUAACCAUCAGCGACCAUAACGUUGACGCAACGACUACCACUACUACAACUAAUCCUAACCGUACUAACCCGACCGUGCAUGAGCGUGAGGAUGUGGACCCCACUACUACCAAACCCUGUGAUAAAGACCACCAUCACCACCAUCAUGAUUCUAAUCCAACUACCGUUGUUAUGCCUUUCGUGUCCACUAACGUGCCGCUCGAUGCAGAUCGAUGCGACGAAACGACCAGCGUCCCAUCAUCCGUCGGCAACCAUCAAUACCAUCAUCCCUUCGUAACCACUACCACCACUACUACCGAUGCUACCAGUGUUACCAUUUCCAACGCCAUGCCCAUCACUAACACGGUACCGGGAAGGUGCAGCAAACCGCCGCUCCAUAGCUACCAGCAGCACUACCAAAGCUAUCAUCACCACCAGCAGCAUCAGCACGGGCCACCGUUUUCCGCCGACGUUGGUGCUGCGGGUGCUGGCGGUGGUGCAGUGCCGAUGGUAGCGGGCGGUGGAACGUAUCGGUCGCAUAGUGCACGCUUUAUGACGCAGCACAUUAAAAUACUUCCCAAAACUCAAUCCCUCGAUUUGGCAGAUAAUGACGACAUGCUGGAAGCGUCCAAUCGGUCCGAAUCGCAGCUCGAGAUUAGUGCCGCCGGUAUCGUACCGCCCGGGCUGAAAGGGCGCGUACUGCCCAAGCUGCAAACGCUCGAUCAAACGAGCCGGCCGAUUUAUCCGAACGUGCCGUACAGUCCGUACAACAGCCCGUACGGUAGCCCUCGCAGCGGUCGACGGCGAACGCCGUUGCGCGAAUCGAGACGCGUAUCGAUUGAGCAGUCGGGCAGUUUUUUGCAGCUGAACCAGUACAAGCUGCUGGAUCAGAUCGGACAGGGUUCGUACGGUUUGGUAAAGUUAGCGUACUCGGAAGAAGACUCCACACACUACGCGAUGAAAAUCUUGUCCAAACGAAAGCUGCUCCGAAAGGCGGGCCUGAUGCGACGUGGGCCGAAACGUGGUACGUCUCCACUGGAUCGGGUGUACCGUGAGAUUGCCGUGCUGAAGAAGCUGGACCAUCCGAACGUGGUGAAGCUGGUGGAAGUGCUGGACGAUCCGCUGGAGGAUUCGCUCUAUCUAGUCUUCGAGUUGGUGCAACAGGGCGAAGUGUUGAGCAUACCGACCGACACACCCCUGAGCGAGGAACGUGCCUGGAAUAUUUUUCGAGACGUGCUGCUGGGCGUCGAAUAUCUCCACUAUCAGCGAAUCAUCCACGGGGACCUGAAGCCAGCCAACUUGCUGCUUUCCGAUUCUGGCAGUGUGAAGGUAGCCGAUCUGGGCGUUUGCAACGAGUUUCUCGGCGAGGAUGCGGCCAUGAACAACGGCUCAACGGCAGGGACACCGGCAUUCCGUGCGCCGGAAACGCUCCUACCCGGGCAACACUUCUACAACGGUAAGGCGGCCGACAUUUGGGCGCUCGGGGCCACACUAUUCUCGCUGGUGCACGGUAACGUACCGUUCAUUGCCACCUCGGUUCCGGGGGUGUACGAGAAGAUCAAAAACGACCCACUGGAGUAUCCGGCAAAUAGCAGCAUCAGCGUGGAGCUACGUGAUCUUAUCAACCGUAUGCUGGACAAGGAUCCGCAGCAACGUAUCACGCUGCCCCAGAUUAAGGAGCACGCCUGGCUUACCAAGAACGGUAGCGUGCAGCUACCGACGGAGGAAGAAAACUGUCGGCUGGUGCAGAUCAACGACGAGGAUAUGAACAGUGUGGUCAAGAGCAUACCGAAGCUGGACACGCUAAUACUCAUCAAGACGAUGCUGAAGAAGCACUCGUUCCAGAAUCCAUUCACCAAAGGCAUAUCGGGCCGGGCACCGCAGGCGGGUGGUUCGCGGCUCGAGCGUUUCUGUCGCUCGGGACGUUCCAACUCAGCGCCCGGAGAUUAUCACACCUCCGAACGCCAACCUUCCAAUGAAUCACUGCUUCCGUCAGUUACGGAAGGCGUGACGAGUCCGCUUGGCAGCCCGGAUCCUACCACCGGCAGCCUCAUCUCCGAGCUGGACAGUCUCACGCUACGGUCGGACAUGUCCAAUGCAUCCUCCAGUACCAACAACGAUACGACCACUACCACUACGGUAAAAAUUAUCACCACUCCGCCCGAGUAGCCGUUUGCCGUAGACAAAUGUAGGCACAGUGCGCUUCG